UCCUUUUGAAGCCUGAACUCCGAAAUAAUUUUACAAACUACCUCAGACCUAGGAACGGAUAUUUUUAUGCCUUUUUAAGCGGAGUACCGUUAUUCGUAACGGAACUUAAAACGUACACGUUGCAGAAGGCAGAGGACAGAAUCGCCUGGAGGACGUGCCGAGUACCAGGGUCUGGCAGCGGUCCGCCAUUUUAGCUGGAGUUUCACCACGUGUCACGUCUCUUUCGAGUUUCUUCGGUUCAGGAGUGGAUCUCGCGCUUUUUGACCGGCGAAAGCCGUCAGAAAAAGAUUCCCAGACAUGGAUGAACACGAAGAAGAGAAACAGGUCCAGUUCCACGAGAUGGGCGUCGACGAUCGCAUUUUAAAGGCGAUCGCCAAGUUGUGCUGGUUGGAACCGACGCCAGUCCAGGAGAGGGCCAUACCGUUGCUGAUCGAAGGGAAAGACGUGCUAAUUAGAGCCAGGACCGGAUCGGGUAAGACGGGCGCGUUCGCCAUACCCGCCAUCCAGAAGAUUUUAUCCUUGAAAGAAAGUUCACCAGAGCAACAUGUGAGGAUCCUGGUACUUGGGCCAACGAAGGAACUUUGUCAUCAGAUCCACAAACAUAUCUUGCAACUUACAACCAAGUGUUCGAGAGAAGUUAGAGCUGUCGACGUUUCUCCCCAGGUGGAUAUAGCAGUCCAGAAGCCAUUAUUGGUCGAUCUUCCUGAUAUUGUUAUUGGGACUCCGGCAAGAGUUUUGAAACACAUAAAUGCCAGUACAUUAAACCUGAAAGAGCUCGUUAUGGUGAUAAUUGAUGAAGCUGAUUUAAUGUUUUCAUUUGGUUAUGAAUCUGACACCAAGGAAGUUGUUAAACAUCUGCCGAGGGUGUGCCAGGGUGCUCUUGCAAGCGCAACACUUUCUGAGGAUGUUUUGUCCCUCAAAAAACUAGUACUUCAUAAUGCUGUAACCUUAAAACUGCAAGAGUCUGAAUUGGCGCCUAUAACUCAAUUAUCUCAUUAUAAAGUUUAUGCAGAAAAAGACGAUAAACCAGCGUACAUCUAUACCUUCUUGAAGCUUGGGUUGAUCAGAGGGAAGACAAUCAUAUUUGUCAACACUGUCGAUAAAGGAUAUAAGCUAAAGCUGUUUCUUGAGCAAUUUAAAAUACCCAGUAGUGUACUCAAUUCCGAGUUACCCGCUGCAUCCCGAUGCCAUACAAUUUCACAAUUCAAUCAGGGGAAAUAUGACAUUCUAAUUGCUUCGGACGAGGCUACAUUGGAUGACCCUUUCAACACAAAUACAGACAAGCAGAAAAGCAAAAGGGUCAAAGACCAAGAAUCGGGCGUUUCGAGGGGAAUAGAUUUUCAAGAGGUUUCUACCAUAAUCAACUUCGAUUUCCCAAUGACAAUCAAUCUUUAUAUUCACCGGGCCGGUAGGACUGCUAGGGGGUUGAACAAAGGCACCGUCCUCUCACUUAUUAAUGUAGGCGAAGCGCCGAGGUUGGAAGACGUUGACAAUUACCUAAAACAAUCUCUCACAGGCAGUGACACAAUUUUUAAAGAGUAUAAACUCAGUAUAUCUGAGAUUGAGAGCUUUAAAUAUAGAUCGAGAGACGCUUGGAAAACAGUGACAAGAAGUGCUGUCAGAGAGGCCAGGCUUAAAGAAAUAAAACAGGAAAUUUUAAAUAGUCAAAAACUUAAAGGCUAUUUUGAUGAUAAUCCAAGAGAUCUUAAAACACUGAGGCACGACAAAGUGCUGAAGACAGUCCGUGGGCAACCGCAUCUUAGCAAUGUUCCUGAGUACAUUGUACCGGAAUCGUUGAAAAACAUACCUGGCUUGGUCAAAGUAAAGAAGGCGAAAAAGUUCAAGCCAAGCAAUACAGAAAAUAUGAAAUACAAAUUCAAAAGAUCGAACCCUUUAAGCGGAUUUGAUUUUGAUAAGAUUGAUGAAGAAUUGAACAAGACCAAACGAAGAAAGUGAUUUUUUU